AUGAGUGAGGGCGAAGGAACUUUGGUGGACAAGUCGGAGAGUAGUUCGUUCGAGGAUCUUGCAGCUGCGGCAGCUCAGGAGAUCGAGGAGGCUAAGCUGGCCGAGGCAGCCGCUGCCAAAGAUAAGUCGAAUACGGAUGAAACAAAAACUGAUGAGUGGCAAGAUGUCCUAGGGUCAGGCGCGCUACUUAAAAAGAUAAUAAAAGUUGGUGAAGAAUCAAAUGGUUUGCGACCUCACAGAAGUGAUAUAUGCCGAAUUAGUUAUGAGGUCAAAAUUAAGGAUACUGACCAUGUGGUUGAAAAAAGAGAUCAUGUUAAAAUUUACUUGGGAGACAAUGAAAUACUACAAGGGCUGGACCUAGCAGUAACAAUGAUGUACAAAGGCGAGGAAUGCCUUCUUCAAAUGGCACCACGUUUUGGUUAUGGCGAAACUGGACUGAAGCCUGGCGAGAGCCUCGGUUUGAUCGGAGAGACUGAUGGACCGAAAUAUGAUGGUCCAGUGAUUGAUGCUGAUACUUGGUUAGAUGCUCGAGUGGAACUUCAUGAUUGGGCUGAGGAACCUGAACAUGAGACCUUGCCCAUUGCUGAGAGGAUGGAAACAGGUAUCAGACGUCGUGCCCGCGGAAACUGGUGGUACGGUCGCGGUGAGCCAACCCUAGCAGUGCAGCUAUACCGACGUGCGUUGGACGUGCUUGAUGAGUCUGACGGUGGCAUCACCGCUCCCACCGCCAGUGGGGACCUGCCACCAACAUCUGAUGAACUUCAAGCCUUGUUAGAGGAGAGACUCCGUGUGCAUAACAAUAUGGCCGCUGCGCAGUUAAAGGCUGGUGCAUUUGAAGCUGCUUUGCAGGCAGUAACGCGAGUUCUAACCUGUCAACCGAAGAACGCCAAGGCAUUAUAUCGCAAAUCUCGCAUUUUGUCCUCGAUGGGGCGCAAUUCUGAGGCUUUGGAAGCAGCGCGGGCCGCUGCAGCCGCGGCCCCUGAGGACGCGGGAGCCCGGAAGGAACUCCAGCGAUGUGAACAGAGGGCCACACGGGAACGAUCCGUGGAACGAAAGCUUGCUAAACGGAUGCUUGGCACCAGCCAACCGAAGGGAGCUGCGCCCGACAAGAAACCUAGUAGAGCCAAGAUGUUCGUGUGGGGUUCGAUUCUGUUGAGCUUCCUGAUGGGUGUAGCUAGCGUGCUCGUCUACCGGUACAAGAUACAGGCGCAUUGA